AUGAAGCCAUUGUAACUAAAUUUAUAGAAACCUUGUUACUUUUACAUAAUAUAGUAAUUACUAAUUUAUCUUUACUUUACCACGCACCUGUUUCCUCAUCGCAAAGACAAAUGGAGGAGAGUACCACAGUUUCCACUCCACGAGAUGAUUAUCAAUAG